AUGGCAUACACCAUGAUGGGUCUGUGCUGGAAGCUGUCUGUCUGCUUGUUUUGCUAUCAAGUUGUCUCAGGAAGAGUUAAGAGGGAGGGGCAUUAUGUUGCUGCCGUGUAUGAGCACGAGUCCAUACUGAGUCCGAACCCGACAGCCCUGGUUGAUCGGCAGACUGCGCUGGAACUGAUGGGCAGAAACCUAGACAUCUAUGAACAGCAAGUAGUGGCUGCUGCAAGACAGGGGGCACAGAUAAUUGUUUUUCCUGAAGAUGGAAUCCAUGGCUUCAACUUUACCAGAAGCUCCAUUUAUCCUUACUUGGAUUUCGUUCUGCAUUCGCACUCUGUGAAGUGGAAUCCUUGCAGAGAGCCGUAUUUGUUCAAUGACACAGAGGUUCUUCAGCGUCUAAGCUGCAUGGCACUGAAGAACAAAAUAUUCCUUGUGGCCAAUUUAGGAACUAAGCAACCCUGUGAACACGCUGAUCCUCACUGUCCAUCUGAUGGAAGAUACCAGUUCAACACCAACGUGGCAUUCAACGAUGACGGCAUGCUGGUAGCCACAUAUCGCAAACACAACCUGUAUUUUGAAUAUGCUUUUGAUACUCCUCCAGAGCCUGACUAUAAAUUCUUCGAUACCCCUUUUGCUGGCAGGUUUGGUAUGUUCAUUUGCUUUGAUAUACUCUUUUUUGAGCCUGCAGUGAACCUCAUCAGACAAUACAAUUUGAAACAAAUUGUAUAUCCAACUGCCUGGAUGAACCAGCUCCCGCUCCUGUCUGCUGUAGAAUUUCAACAAGCUUUUGCAACGGCUUUCAAUGUCAAUAUUUUAGCAGCUAAUAUCCACCACCCUACCUUGGGCAUGACAGGAAGCGGGAUAUACACUCCAGUCAAAUCAUUCAUCUACCAUAACAUGGAGGGUUAUGGUGGCAAGCUCAUAGUCGCAGAAAUUCCUGUGAUUACCACAGAUUUUGAAACCAAUCUGGAGAGUAAUGAAAGAUUCAGAGAGAACUUACAUCAUUCAUGCAAGACUUUGACAAGCACCUCACUGGAUGAUCAGUUUUGCUUUAAGGAGGAGGAAGAGGCCCCCAGCAGAGUAUCAGAAAAAGGAAAUGAACAGUUACCUCCCCUAUUUUAUGCAGAAAUGAUGUAUGACAACUUUACUUUCGUUCCUGUAUGGGGGGAAAAAGGAGAGCUCCAGGUUUGUGCCAAUACCCUUUGUUGUUACUUAAAUUAUCAGAGAGCUGUUGUAACUGAUGAACUAUAUGCUUUGGGAGUUUUUGAUGGGCUCCACACGGUGCAUGGCACAUACUAUGUCCAGGCCUGUGCAUUGGUAAAGUGUGGUGGUCUCAGCUUUAGCACUUGUGGACAGGAGGUUACAGAUGCCUCUGCUCUGAUAGGUUUCCAGCUAUGGGGAAAUAUGAGCACCUCUUACAUCUUUCCUUUACUGCUGACAUCUGGUAUUACCUUGGACUUUGCUGAUCACAUGGGCUGGAAAAACAACCACUAUUUCAUAAGCAAAAAUAGAACAUCUUCUGGCCUACUGACAGCUGCUCUAUAUGGACGAUGGUAUGAAAAGGACUAGCACAGAUAUUUGACUGAAUCAGAAAACAACGGCCCGUAUGUUCACGAUGUGUAUCUUAACGUAAGUUGUUGAACACCUGUACUUCCUGGAGCUUCAGGUGUGUUUGUUACACGACUGACUGAUUAGAUUCCACACUU